AUGUUACUCCAUUUAGUACACCACAUUCAACAGGACAUGUUACACCACAUUCAACAGGACAUAUUACACCACAUUCAACAGCACACAAAACUCCAUUUAGUACAGUUCAUUCAACACCGCAUAGUACAGGCCAUUCAACACCUCAUUCCACACCACAUUCUACAGGACAUGUUACUCCAUUUAGUACAGUUCAUUCAACACCGCAUAGUACAGGCCAUUCAACACCUCAUUCCACACCACACUCAACAGGACAUGUUACACCUCAUUCCACACCACAUUCAACAGGACAUGUUACACCUCAUUCCACACCACAUUCAACAGGACAUGUUACACCUCAUUCAACACCAUUUAGUACAGCUUUUUUGA